GCCGCGGCCACGCCGGAGAGCUCCGGGCGGCCAUGGAGUACAUGACGGGGCCGGCGGCGCACACGCAGGGCAACAUCCUGUGCUGCCAGUGCGGAGUGCCCAUCCCGCCCAACCCGGCCAACAUGUGCGUGGGCUGCCUGCGGGCGCAGGUGGACAUCACCGAGGGCAUCCCCAAGCAAGGCACUGUCCACUUCUGCAAGCAGUGCGAAAGGUAUCUCCAGCCUCCAGGAACCUGGAUUCAGUGUACCUUAGAAUCAAGAGAACUUCUUGCUUUGUGUCUUAAAAAAAUCAAAGCUUCACUGAGCAAGGUCCGGCUGAUCGAUGCGGGCUUUAUUUGGACUGAACCUCAUUCCAAGAGGCUGAAGCUGAAACUGACCGUUCAGAAGGAGGUGAUAAAUGGAGCAGUUCUUCAACAAGUAUUUGUGGUGGAAUACAUAGUUCAGUCUCAAAUGUGUGAAGACUGUCACAGGAUUGAAGCUAAGGAUUUCUGGAAAUCUGUAGUGCAAGUCAGACAAAAGACUGUACACAAGAAGACUUUCUACUACUUGGAGCAACUGAUUUUGAAACACAGGCUUCAUCAAAAUACCCUUCGUAUCAAAGAAAUCCAUGAUGGUCUGGAUUUUUAUUAUUCUUCAAAGCAACAGGCCCAGAAGAUGGUAGACUUUCUUCAGUGUACAGUUCCUUGUAGAUCAAAAUCAUCGCAGCGUUUGAUCUCUCACGAUAUCCAUAGUAACGUCUACAAUUACAAAAGCACUUUCUCGGUGGAAAUUGUUCCAAUAUGCAAGGACAGUGUUGUGUGUCUGUCACCAAAGCUGGCACAGAGCCUUGGUAACAUGAGCCAGAUCUGUGUGUGCAUUAGAGUAACCAGUACCAUCCACCUCAUCGAUCCUACCACUCUGCAGAUUGCUGAAAUUGAUGGCAAUACCUACUGGCGCCACCCUUUCAAUAGCUUGUUCCAGCCCAAACAGCUCGAGGAAUUUAUCAUUAUGGAUAUCAACAGGGUUCACGAGAAGAAGAAAGGGGCAGGGGCAGGAGCAAGAUCCAACAAGCACACACUGGCUGAAGCCUGGGUACGGAAAACAUCUGAGCUGAAUACAGAUCAUCAGUAUUUCUGCUGCACUCACUUGGGGCACAUCCUGAAUCCUGGUGACCUUGUCUUGGGAUUCGACUUGGCAAACUGCAACCUAAAUGAUGAGUUUGCCAAUAAGAUGAACCCACAGCACAUUCCUGAUGUGGUGUUAAUAAAGAAGAGCUACGACCGCACCAGGCGCCAGCGGCGCAGGAACUGGAAGCUGAAAGAGCUGGAAAGGGAUAGAGAAGGAACAGAUACAGAUGAUGAAAGACAAUACCAAGACUUCCUUGAAGAUCUGGAAGAAGAUGAAGCCAUUAGGAAGAAUGUCAACAUUUACAGAAAUGCAGAUGUUCCAGUGGAGAGUGACACAGAUGAUGAUGGUCCUCCCCGAAUCAGCCUGGCUGAAAUGCUGGAGGAUCUGCACAUUUCCCAGGAUGCCACUGGUGGGGAGGGAGCAAGUAUGAUGACAGAAUAAGAGUAGUGCACUAGUCAAUGCAAUAAAUGUUCCUUUAACAUGUUCCAAAGUAAACAUAACAAACUGAUCACAUUAAAAAUAAUGUAUGAUGGACCUAAAUGAAUAUUUUAUAUAGAGAUUUCUAGAGAAUCAUCAGUUUUCUGGUGCAAGCAUUGCAGUGGAAGUUCCACAAGUUCCUCCCAUCCCCAGGUGCUCUCUCCUUGCAGCUUCUCCACUGUAAAGACCAGAUGACUAACUUCAAAGUUAUAUACUAGGAGUAAUUGUUGCCUUGUGCAGAAGGCAGCUGAUAAGGAAGGAUGUGCAGAGGGAGAGAUUUUGUUCUGGAUUGUCUUGUUUAUAAUUUUCCUUUCUUUGUUUCCCAUCUUAAGCUUUUUGGCAUAAUAGUUUGAAGCCUUUUAUGAUAUUGGCUAGAUUAUUCCACAUAAACAUAUUUUGGGUUAACUCAUGAAUAUGUCUUCUCUUCCUUUGGUAAGGGAACUCCAAAUAUUCAUGUUUACACCAAAAAAAAAAGCUGCUCUGUAAAUUGAUUUAAGAUGCAGCCCUUGAUCAGAAAGAUUGCAAACUUCUGUUAAGUAUAAUGAAUGUUGUAUUGUGCUGUACUCCAUGCCUGUGUCAGUGGAUUAAAAGCAGUCUGUGUAAUGUCUAAUUAGUACACCAGCUAUGAACGAUUAAAAAGCUCCUCAGAUA